CCUGCGAAAAAACAGGAAGUAAUGGGUUUUCUCGCGAGAAGAAAUGGCUUCAAACUUCCCCAUGAGCCCUUGCGAGUUCUCUUUCUAGCCGGCGCCUGAGAAUGGGUAUCUCGAGGGACAACUGGCAUAAACGCCGCAAGACCGGCGGUAAACGCAAGCCUUAUCACAAGAAAAGGAAGUAUGAGCUCGGUCGCCCACCCGCAAACACAAAGAUUGGACCUCGUCGUAUCCACACGGUGAGGGUCCGUGGUGGGAACAAGAAAUACAGGGCUCUCAGGCUUGACGUUGGCAACUUUGCUUGGGGCUCAGAAUGCUGCACACGCAAGACCAGGAUUAUAGAUGUGGUCUACAACGCCUCCAACAACGAGCUGGUGAGAACCAAGACCCUGGUGAAGAACUGCAUUGUCCUUGUUGACAGUCUUCCCUUCAGGCAGUGGUAUGAGGCUCACUACGCCACUCCGAUGGGACGCAAGAAGGGAGCUAAACUGACCGCUGAGGAGGAGGAGACUCUGAACAAGAAGAGGUCCAAAAAGAUUCAGAAGAAGAUUGAUGAGCGCAAAAAGACCAGCAAAGUCAAUCCCCUCUUGGAGGAACAGUUCCAGCAGGGAAAACUUCUUGCUUGCAUUGCUUCCAGACCCGGCCAGUGUGGCAGGGCUGACGGCUACGUACUGGAAGGCAAGGAGCUCGAGUUCUACCUGAGGAAGAUCAAGGCCAAGAAAGGCAAAUAGAUGUACAGCCGUUUGAUAAGUCAAAUAAAAUCCAAACGUCCCAAA